AUGAACAUCGCCUCGCCGCUGCGGAGGGCUCUGGUCAGCUACGCGCACCAAGCUCGUCUCUUCUCCUGCUCGGCCAGAUGCCACCAGCAGCAACAAGACGACAGCAAGAUCAAGGCGGUGCCGUACUCCUCCCUCACCAUCGGCGUGCCACUCGAGUCAUACCCGUCAGAACGCCGUGUUUCUCUCACCCCCGCCAAUGCUGCUUUGCUGCUGAAGAAAGGGUUUGGACGCGUGCUGGUCGAGCGUGGGGCUGGUGCAGAGUCCCAGUUCACCGAUAAGGCGUACACGGAGGCCGGUGCAAACUUGGUCGACCGCCGUGACGCCUGGGCCAGUGAUAUCGUCCUCAAGGUGCGGGCUCCCAGCGUCAACGGAGAGGUUGGCUUGCUCAAGGAUGGGGCCACGGCCAUAUCUUUCCUCUAUCCAGCGCUGAACAAGGAGGUGGUUGAAGCAUUGGCUAAGAGGGGAGUCACUUCUUUCGCCAUGGACAUGAUACCUAGGAUCUCUCGUGCCCAGGUCUUUGAUGCUCUUAGUUCAAUGGCAAAUAUUGCGGGAUACAAAGCCAUUCUUGAGGCAUCUAACCACUUCGGACGGUUUUUACCUGGUCAGAUUCCACCUGGCAAAGUGCUCGUUAUCGGAGCUGGUGUUGCUGGUCUCAGUGCAAUUUCGGCAGCACGCCGUAUGGGCGCCAUAGUCCGCGGUUUUGACACUCGCCCUGCCGUCCGUGAACAGGUCCAAUCUCUCGGGGCCGAAUUCAUCGAAGUAGACAUCCAAGAAGACGGUUCCGGCGCCGGUGGUUACGCAAAGGAAAUGUCCAAGGAAUUCAUCGAAGCCGAGAUGAAGCUCUUCCUCCAGCAGAGCCGUGAGGUAGACAUCAUCGUUACUACGGCCUUAAUACCAGGGAAACCAGCUCCUAAACUGAUCACCGAAGAAAUGAUAAUGGCUAUGAAACCCGGUUCCGUGGUCGUAGACCUGGCGGCUGAGGCAGGAGGAAACUGUGUCUUGACCAAACCCGGUGAGCUCGUCAUGAGCCCCAACGGCGUCACUAUCAUAGGUUAUACCGACCUGCCUUCCCGUCUACCCACGCAGUCCUCUACUCUGUACUCGAACAAUAUCACUAAGUUCCUGCUCUCCAUGGCACCGGUGGAGAAACAGUACGGUAUCGACCUAGAAGAUGAAGUCGUUCGUGGCUCUAUCGUCUCUCAUGCUGGAUCCAUUCUUCCCCCUGCCCCCAGACCUGCCCCGCCCCCACCGCCGGCCGCACCCAAGAAAGAUGACGCUGCCAUCUCUGCUGAUACGGCGAAGAUGGAACUUACUCCCUUCCAAAAGGUAUCAAGGGAGGUUGCUACCGUUACAGGCGGGAUGGGCACAGCCCUCGCCCUGGGUAAAUUCACCGGUCCGCUGUUCAUGAGUAACGUCUUCACGGCUGGCUUGGCUGGCUUGAUUGGAUACCGAGUUGUAUGGGGUGUCUCCCCGGCCUUACACUCGCCGUUGAUGAGUGUCACCAACGCUAUUUCAGGUAAUCUACUCGCCACCUCAAAAUUGCGAACAGUUACUCAUUUGUGUAUAGGAAUGGUGGGUAUUGGCGGCCUAUUUGUCAUGGGCGGCGGUUACUUCCCCGAAACCAUACCCCAGGCUUUGGGAGCAUUGUCCGUUCUGCUCGCCUUCGUCAACGUAUCAGGUGGCUUCGUCAUUACCAAACGCAUGCUAGAUAUGUUCAAGCGCCCUACCGAUCCACCAGAAUACCCGUGGCUCUAUGCGAUUCCUGGCCUGCUUUUCGGAGGUGGGUACCUUGCAGCAGUCAGUACUGGAAUGGCUGGUCUCAUUCAGGCUGGAUACCUUGUCAGCAGUAUUUUAUGCAUCAGCUCUAUCUCCGGCCUUGCGUCCCAGGCCACUGCGCGCGCAGGAAAUUCACUGGGCAUUCUAGGUGUGUCGUCUGGUAUACUUGCCUCGUUGGUUGCCGUGGGCUUCUCCCCUGAAGUUCUUGCCCAGUUCGUCGGGCUGGCUGGUAUUGGAGGCUUAGUUGGUGCCAUGAUUGGUCGUCGUAUUACUCCUACUGAAUUACCUCAAAUGGUGGCUGCACUACAUUCUGUCGUUGGGCUUGCUGCCGUGCUCACCAGUAUUGGAAGUGUCCUUGCCGAUAUCGACCAUGUUUCAACCCUACACCUCGUUACGGCAUACUCAGGAGUAGUUAUAGGAGGAAUCACCUUCACCGGCUCUAUCGUUGCAUUCCUAAAACUUUCAGGCAAAAUGGCCUCUAAACCGCUUGCCUUCAAGGGUCGUCAUGUUGUAAACUCUUCCCUGCUGGGAACCAACAUGGCGCUCAUGGGAGGAUUUAUAUCAAUGGCUCCCGGUGCGCCACUGGUGGCCGCCGCGUGUUUAUCGGCUAGUACUAUUCUCAGCUUUGUCAAAGGGUUCACCACCACUGCCGCCAUAGGGGGUGCUGAUAUGCCUGUCGUGAUAACGGUUCUAAAUGCCUAUUCUGGUUUCGCACUCGUCGCUGAGGGAUUCAUGCUUAACAACCCACUUCUCACUACCGUUGGAUCACUUAUUGGCAUUAGUGGCUCUAUCCUUUCGUAUAUCAUGUGUGUUGCAAUGAACCGUUCCUUAACCAACGUGCUGUUCGGCGGAAUAUCCUCCCCCACCCAGGCACAAUCAGAUCAUCAAAUCGAAGGAAAGAUCACAAAGACCUCCAUAGAAGAAACCGCAGAUACUCUUGCUAAUGCAGAAAGCGUGAUUAUUGUCGUUGGAUAUGGUAUGGCCGUCGCAAAGGCUCAAUAUGCCAUUUCAGAAAUCACACGCAUGCUCCGCGCAAAGGGCGUCAAAGUACGAUUCGCGAUCCAUCCUGUCGCUGGCCGCAUGCCAGGGCAAUGUAACGUCUUGCUUGCCGAAGCUGCUGUGCCAUAUGAUAUCGUGCUUGAAAUGGAUGAGAUCAACGACGACUUCAGCGAUACUGACGUGACGCUUGUCAUUGGCGCGAAUGAUACGGUCAACCCUAUUGCCCUUGAGCCCAACUCUUCUAUCGCAGGAAUGCCUGUUCUUCACGCCUGGAAGAGCAAGGAAGUCAUUGUCAUGAAGCGUGGCAUGUCUAGUGGAUACGCCGACGUGCCUAAUCCGAUGUUCUACAUGCCUGGCACGAAGAUGUUGUUUGGAGACGCAAAAACUUCAUGCGAUGCUAUCCAACAUGCUCUCGAAGCACAUAAAUGA